AACCUGGCACACCACAGUAUGGGACCCCGAGACAGUCCGCCUCGGCAGUGUGGUCAAACCGAUGGAAACAUGGCAGGAAAUCAGCAAGAAGAGGAACAAAAUCAAGAUGUACAAGAUGCCACUGCUCAAGAGGAUAUCAAUCAUGAAGAUGAACAACCUACCAUUUCAGACCAGACUGUCAACCCGUCGCAGCAGAAGCAAGAAGCAAGCACAAGCACACCUCAGCCUCCAACGCAAGAAUACCCCGGUACCUCCGCCACCGAAGAAGAAGAAGACAACUGGAACGAGCGCCCAGCAGGAAGCACGACCGGAUCGUCCAUCUACUUGACUCCCCAGCGAUCCCCAUCUCCAACAAAGUCCGACUUCACUGAUGCGAAAGAGCAUCAAGAGGGAGGGCCCGAUUGCGUGAUUGACACUGCUACCACUGCGACAAGCGAAAGAGAGCAUACGUUGCCCGCUGCUUCUGGCCUGCCACAGAUCGAGAUCCAACCACCAACACCCAUUGCCAAGACAAGCCCAACCUCCAAGCAAGAGAAAGAAGGAAGUGGACCAGAGUCACCGACCGAUGAAGUAGGAUCGGGAGUAUUCUUCCCUGAAGGUGCACAAGAAGAGCAUCAAGAGCCGGACAAUAUCGACGAUGAGACUGAGCUGCAAACAGAGCAGCAACAAGCCUCGCCAUCUGUUGCCGCUACUGCUCCGCCGCAAGAACUGUCGAUUGAACCACAACCUCCGCUAGUUCAAGCAUAUGAAUACCCAGACACAGACACAGACUCUGAAGAUGGAAGUGAAGGAGGUUUAGCACUUGAACAGACCGACAUCGACAUCGACAUCGACAUCGCCGACAGCGAGCAUGCACAAGUUGAAGAAGAGCCUCCAUUGCCAUCUGAUCCAGCUCCAGCUCCAACCCCAGCUCUCGCGCCUGCCCUUGCCCUGGUACAGAUCGAUAGAGAAGCCCAGAUCGGCAUCCGUCCAAACCCCAGUCCAGCCCCAGACUCUGACUCACCAUCCGACAAUGGCAGCCACAUGGAUAGUGAAUCCGACUCCCCAAGGGAUGAGGCAGUUGGGGGAGUGUCACUGUCCGAGCCUGAACAUCACAGUACGGCAGCACAGCAACAAGAUCGAUUGUUGUCACUACCAUUGCCGCCGCCGCCAUCAUCACCGCCCUUGUCGCUGCCAGUAUCACCUCCAGUGAAUGCCACUGCCACUGCCACUGCUUCGGACUAUAUAUAUGGGCCUUCAGAUCCUGCGAAUUCCGAAAAUAUUUCAUCUCCUUCCCGACCUUCAGACUUGCGAGCUGGCCCACAACAAGAGCUGCCUCCAGCACAAGAAUCUCCAGCUGCCACUUCUCCUCGUGCCUCCGCCAUCCCGAUUCGUCUCAGAUCCGCAGUACAGGUUGAGACAGAACAACCAGACAACAUGAGUUCAAACACAGGUCGGAAUGGCAAUACGCCUGCUCAUGGUGCGCGCAAUGGCACCGGCAUGGCAUCGUCAACUGCAUCUCCACAGGGCUCGAUCCCAGCUCAUACAGGGUCCGGACCAGCACAAACAACUCCAACCAUGAAUGCCGGCUUGAGCGAAGAAGAGAUCCGUCGCAUCAUGAUGGCAGACGACGACUUUGACCCAGUUCCGGCUGAGUAUCGUCAAGGCGCAGGCGACCAGUUCACUUCGGCAACUCAACCAGCAAACAUUGCAGCACAACAGCCAAGCACCACCACUCAAGCCAUGCAACCGUACAGCGGCGGUGGAGCGCAUGAAAUGGCUUACACCCAAGCUCAGGCUUCGAACGUUGGCUUCGGGUAUCCUCCCUACAUCUAUGAUCACUUCGCUCCUGCCAUGCCGUACGCCCCAUACAACAUGCCGUUGGGUGCCGAUCCAAGAUUGGCUUACCCUCCUCCGACUGGGCCAAGAGGUCGAAGUACCUCUCCAUACGCCACCCCAACCAUUGCUGCAGGUCAGCUUGUUCCGUACGGCACCCCACCAGCAUACAACGGCCAUGCACACAUGUCUCCUGCCAGUGCAAACGCGCGUGCAGGCCAUGGUAGCGCUGGCGGCAGCUCUCCAUUCAAUCAACCGGGUCAGAUCGCCGGUUCACGAGGUGUGUUUAUCCCAGCACAAGGCGCCACUUUCAGCCCUGGUGGUCGUCAGUCUGCCAAUCAACGAGGUCACGGCUCUGCCCCAGGCGUACGUCCUGGUGGCAUCUCCGGUCAAGGUCAGGAUGGUCAACAAGGCGACAGUGGCGACGUCGAGGAUACCGGUGGUCUGUCGUUGAGUGGCGAAGGAAAUGGUGAUGGUGAAAUGAGACCCAAAUGGAACUAGCUGGGAAUCUCAUGUGUGACAAUACACUAUCAUCAAUGCGCGAGGGGAAGGGAGAUGAUGAGAGCAAGGCAUGAAGAAAGGAUGCGAAUAUGCAUGGUGGAGAGCUGUGUUGCUGGACCGAGAUAGGAAAGAGAACGGAGAAGGACUUAGCUGGAGAUGGCAAUCAUUCAGGUCCAUAGCUCCAGCAACAAAAGCAAUUAGCAUUGUCCUGUAUGUCCCUUGCUCGCAAUCGAACCCAUUCGAAG